AUGCAGAUCCUCUCAUGUCAGCGGAGCAGAACCACCAUUCUGUUGACGGUCUUUUCGGCCUUGGUCUUCGUCUCAUUAUUGAGAUUGAACCAUUCCUCAGAACAUUUCCACCAGAAUGCUAAUAUCGAAAUCACUCCGGGGUCAAUAUCACAACCACAAUCCCCAGAACCAUCUGCAUAUCCCGCCUCAUCCGAGUCACAAUCCGAGGAAUCAUCACCAGAGCAACCAUCACUACCACCACCCUCCAACCCUCAACCUCACCACCAAUCCCUACCUCAAUCCCAACCUCAAUCCCAGGCGCAGGCGCCUCAAAAAAAUGAAGACUCACCCAUCAAACCCGGUCCUCAAAAAGACCCCCAACAACCCUUCUCCAAACUCGAAAACUAUGACUGCACAAUCGACCUCGACCUCCUCCGCCCCUACAAACCCUAUGACGACAACAUGGUCAAAUACUCCAGAUGGGACAUCGCUGUUCUCCGCACCAAAUCCUUCAAAUCCUUCUCUGAAAACUUAAACGUCCCAAACCCAGACACCCAACCAGCCCUAGACCUCGACCUCGCAAACCCAGGCCCAAUGGUCCAAUACCAAAAACUGCCCCCAUCCUCCUGCAAACCCAUCAUAAUCGAAGCGCCCGCGCCGGAAAAAGUCGACGCCUCGCACAUCUACGUCGGCUUCGCGACGACAAUCGAAAGACUGCACGCCGACAUCCCGGCCUUCGCGCACUGGGCAUCAAACAACAACCUGCACAUGUUCGGCCUACUGGAAGAGCGCGUCGUGGAAGAAGAUCUCGGCGACGGAAACGGCACCCAGAUCUUUCCCAUCGACCGCUCGGAAGAGAUUGCCGAGAUGGAGGCUCGCGCCGCGGCACUGGGCAUUCGGCUUUCGCUCUCGACGUCGCAGGCCGAGUAUACGGAUCGGUACUUUGCGCUUACGAAGAUUAUGUGGGAGAAUCGGGAUCGGGACGGUGUGCGGACGGAGUGGGCUGUUGUUAUUGAUGACGAUACGUUUUUCCCUUCUAUGGGGAAUAUUGUGCGGCGAUUGCGGAGUGCGUAUGAUUCGCGGAAGAAGUGGUAUGUUGGUGCGCCGACGGAGAGCUUCGAACAGUUGAAGGGGAAUAUGUGGAUGGCUUUUGGCGGGGCGGGGAUUUUCAUGUCGAUGCCUUUGAUUGAGGAGAUGAUUGGGUCCUUUGAGGAGUGUGAUUUGUGGAAGGGGCCUGGGGAUCAGAAGAUUGCGCAGUGUGUUUAUUGGCAUACGAAGACUAAGUUGACCUGGGAUAAGGGGCUUUUCCAGUUGGAUAUCAAUAAUGAUGUUUCGGGGUUCUUUGAGGCUGGGCGGCCUUUGCCGCUAUCGUUGCAUCAUUGGAAGUCCAAUUUUGAUGUUGAUAUGGUGCCUCUUGCUAAGGUUGCUGCUGUUUGUGGCGAUGAUUGUUUGCUGAAGAGGUGGCAAGUCGGUGAUUCGCGAGAGUGGUUCUUUACCAAUGGGUUUUCUUUGGUGAAGUAUUCUUCUCCGUUGACCGAUGAGGAGAUGAAUAGUAUGGAGUUUACGUUUGAGGAGGACUUUUGGAAGCCCAUGGAUGAUUAUGCCUUUAGUCUUGCGCCUUUGCGUGAGAUGGAUUGGGGGGAAGAUCUCGUUUCACUUGCGUGA